AUGCUCCCCAAAGCCAUCUUGUCCCUAUCUUGGGCCCUCAGUGUCGCUGCUCAGUGCACUCUCCCAUCUACCUAUCGCUGGACCUCGACUGGUGUGCUAGCCAAUCCAAAGUCAGGCCUAGUCGCACUCAAGGACUUUACCCACGCGCCAUAUAACGGAAAACACCUUGUCUACGCGUCCACUCACGACACAGGGACGAAAUAUGGCUCGAUGAAUUUCGACCUCUUCUCGGACUGGUCCAGCAUGGCCUCCGCCAAGCAGAACACGAUGAGCUUCUCUGCCGUUGCACCCUCACUCUUUUACUUUCGACCCAAGGAUGUCUGGGUGCUGGCUUACCAAUGGGGCCCAACUACUUUUUCAUAUCGCACGUCCAAGGAUCCCGCCAACGUCAAUAGCUGGUCGUCGGUCCAGCCGCUCUUCACUGGGACAUGGUCUGACGGCGGUACCGGACCUAUUGAUCAGGCUGUUAUUGGCGAUAGUAAGAACAUGUACCUGUUCUUCGCCGGCGACAACGGCAAAAUCUACCGUGCCAGCAUGCCCAUCGGGAACUUUCCCGGCAGUUUUGGCUCAUCAUACCAGGUAGUCAUGAGCGACACACGCAACAAUCUCUUUGAAGCCGUUCAAGUGUACAAGGUCAAAGGCCAGAACCAGUACCUUAUGAUCGUGGAGGCCAUUGGAGCAAACGGCCGCUACUUCCGCUCAUUCACGACCGACAACCUCGGAGGUUCAUGGAAACCGCAGGCUACGAGUGAGAGCAGUCCUUUUGCAGGCAAGGCCAACAGCGGCGCCAAGUGGACAAACGAUAUCAGUCACGGUGAGCUGAUUCGCAGUGACCCUGAUCAGACAAUGACGAUUGAUGCUUGCAACUUGCAAUUUCUGUAUCAGGGACGUGAUCCUGCUUCAGGCGGAACCUACGAUCUUUUGCCUUAUAAGCCUGGUUUGCUGACUCUUCAGCGAUAA